AUGGAUGAAUCAAUCAAUGCUACUCUACUUGCAGCUGAUGAAUCUGAUAAUUCUAAUUACUUGGAUGAUGGCAUAGAUGAACGUUAUUGCAUGUAUAUUCUCAAUGCCAUCCUUAGUGGCACUGCUCGGCUCAAUGUUCUUCUGCCCAGUUUUACGAUUUUAGCUUACACUAUCUUCACUCCCCUCCUGACAAAUGACGGCAAGUGCAGUACUCUAGACAGAUGGCUCAUGGGCAGUUUCUGGGCACUUUGUUCUGUUUCCUGCAUCUUCUUCUCCAUAACUGACAGCUUCAGAGCUGCAAAUGGGGGGUUAUAUUAUGGGAUAGCAACCAUCAGAGGAAUAUGGACCUUCAACGGAGGUCGGAAGAGCCCCCUCAUUCCAUCUGAUUACAAGCUGAGAUGGUCCGAUCUCUUCCAUACAUUGCUGUCGGUAAUUGCAUUUCUGACUUUUGCUGCGUUACACAAUGAUGUUCAGCAAUGUUAUUACCCUGCAAUUCCAAGAAAAGUGACCAACACUGUUCCUUUGGUCGUUGGAUUUGUAGUAAGUCUUUUAUUUGUUUUGUUUCCUAGUAAAAGAAGGGGUAUCUGCCAUCCCUUUUUGCUACAGACACAUCCCCUGUAUUUGCAACCUUAA